AAGGAGUCGUAACCCUGCGGCGGAUUGUAGGUGUUUAUGUUCCUUGUGCGUGAGUUUCGCGGGAAGGCUGGCGGUCCGCGUCGCGAAGGCUGAACCGGAGCUUCUGAUCAGAACAGGCGUGAAAUUGCUGUGAAUUCUUCUGUUAUUGUGCUAUGGAUGGGAGUGUGUUGUGUAUGCGUGGUUUUUCUUUCGGUUUUUUUUUUCCAGCGCGCGUACAGUGGAAAGGAUUAUGUGUGCAUAAUACAUGAGGGUUGAAGUCUCUCACACGCGCACGCAUCUGCUGUUCCUUGCGAAGGAGCGUUAAUGCGAUGGGAAGAUUGGGGAGGUGAGGGGAAGGCUUCGCAGUUUGGCUGCUCCUCCAGCUCCAGAGCAGAAGAGUAUUAGCAGCCUGAUCUUUUUCCAGUGAGGAACCAGCCUCGGCAGACGAGAUUUAUUAACACGAUGACAUGCACAAAUAAAACAGUGUACAACUUGUGAUGAGAAAAUAUGAAAAAGGUGGAACAUUUUCUUGGAAGCACUUUAAACAGUAAAUGGUGCUGAUAGAAGAUCUGCUUAGAUUUUGCUCUAAUAGCUACCAGUGAAAAACACUUUGCGAAUGGGAUGAAUAUGCAAAGAGUGACUGCCUGCAGCAGCUUCAUAAUUCACAGUAACUAAGUGGAGCGCUUAACUAAGGAUGUUUUCAUUUCUACUUUACCCCAUUUGACUUUGCUUGUCUUGAUUGGGGGAAGAAGUUCAAAGUGGAGUACCGUAAACUUGAUAUGGAUAAAAAAAAAGACAAAGACAAAUUGGAUGAUAGAAUGGCAAGGCCUAGUGGACGCUCAAGUCACAAUCCACGAGGUAGCAGCUCAUCAAACUCUGGUGUGUUAAUGGUUGGACCUAACUUCAGAGUUGGAAAGAAAAUUGGUUGUGGCAAUUUUGGAGAGCUACGAUUAGGAAAAAAUUUGUAUACUAAUGAAUAUGUGGCAAUUAAACUGGAGCCAAUGAAGUCAAGAGCACCACAACUGCACUUGGAAUACAGAUUCUACAAGCAGCUAGGAUCUGGAGAUGGAAUACCUCAGGUUUAUUAUUUUGGCCCUUGUGGCAAAUACAAUGCCAUGGUGCUGGAACUACUGGGACCUAGUUUGGAAGAUUUAUUUGACUUGUGUGAUAGGACUUUUUCCCUGAAAACUGUACUUAUGAUAGCCAUACAAUUGAUUUCCCGAAUGGAAUAUGUUCAUUCAAAGAACUUGAUAUACAGAGAUGUAAAACCUGAAAACUUCUUAAUAGGACGACCAGGAAACAAAACUCAACAAAUUAUUCAUAUUAUAGAUUUUGGUUUGGCAAAAGAGUAUAUAGAUCCAGAAACAAAGAAGCACAUACCAUAUCGAGAACACAAAAGCCUUACAGGAACUGCUAGAUACAUGAGUAUAAAUACACAUUUAGGAAAAGAGCAAAGUAGAAGAGAUGAUUUGGAAGCUUUAGGUCAUAUGUUCAUGUAUUUUUUAAGAGGCAGCCUUCCCUGGCAAGGCUUAAAGGCAGAUACGUUGAAAGAACGGUAUCAGAAAAUUGGAGAUACAAAGAGAGCAACUCCUAUAGAAGUAUUAUGUGAAAACUUUCCAGAAGAAAUGGCUACAUAUCUUCGUUACGUGAGAAGGCUAGAUUUCUUUGAAAAACCAGAUUAUGACUACUUAAGAAAGCUCUUUACAGACUUGUUUGAUCGGAAGGGUUAUAUGUUUGAUUAUGAAUAUGACUGGAUUGGUAAACAACUGCCUACACCAGUGGGUUCCAUCCAUUCGGAUCCUGCGAUAACCUCCAAUAGAGAAGCACAUCCACACAGAGAUAAGAUGCAGCAGUCCAAAAAUCAGUCAACAGACCACAGGGCAGCUUGGGACCCCCAUCAGGCCAAUCCCCAUCACUUGAGAGCUCACCUGGCAGCUGACAGACAUGGUGGCUCGGUACAGGUUGUAAGCUCAACAAAUGGAGAACUCAACACUGAUGAUCCUACUGCUGGCCGUUCAAAUGCACCCAUCACAGCCCCUACUGAAGUAGAAGUUAUGGAUGAAACCAAUUGUUUUGCCCAUCGAUUUGCCAUUUUAAAGGGAAAACAACAAUUUCAGGUGCUGCUGUUUCUUCAAGCGAAGGAAAAGGAAAACCAUUCAACGUCACAAAUGACUUUGGAGGAAGGCAGACGGUGUGGAAUUACUUACUUACUCAUCUGCUAUAUCGUGAUAAAUCAUCUCUCUAGUAACCAUGUUUUUCCAGCAUCAAAUUUAAGUGAGAAGAUUCUCAUACUUGCUUUAAUUUGGUGGUUCAACAUAUUUUUAAUUUGGAUCAUCUCUUCUGGAAGCUUUAAAGCUGUGUCAACAUAAGUACCUUUUUGACCACUAAGAUACAGAAAAUGUUCUUUUUCCUCAGAAAAAUUGACUUAGAAAACAUUAGCAGUGAUUAGCUGAAGACCAGAUAUUUUAUAAACCUGGUAUUUGCUGAGGUUUGGGGGAUACCAUAAUGAAAGCAAUUUAAAAAGAGAGAGAGAGAGAGAGAGAGAGAGAAAACACUGGAAAUAAAGCUAUAAUUGUCCAAGCAUUUAAAAUGUCUUGCUUUAAGAUUUCUUUUGUAAGUAAUAGUUGUUUAUUUUUUCCAGUUGUUGCUCUGGUGGUACUACAUUUGCCAACUUACUAUUUAAUAUUAUUACAAAUAUAGAGUCACUGACUGGUGGUACUAAGAAGCUAGAUGAAUCAUCUGAAGACAAAGCCUAAAUGCUGUGGUUUCUAAGGGA